GUUUCCUCUCUCACUGCCUCUCUCCCAUGCCGCAUCCCCGCGUUCUCAUAGACGCCUCGGCGUUGCCGCACGUCUUCGGCUCCAUCCUCGAUGCCCUCAUCGCCAUUCUCGACUCCUCGCCCGGCAGCCGCGCGCGCAAGCGACUCCUCGCCCUCCGGCAGCUGGACCGCGCCACCCGCGACCGGGUAGACAUCCGUCUCUCCUACGUCCUCGACAUGCACAAUCUUCAUCAAACGCACCCAGCGUUCGUGGACCUGAGAUUUCCCUCCUCGCUAGUGGGGGAGUGGUCGCCGCCGCAGCAUGACGCCCGCGCCGACACCGCACCAGCGAGCAAGCGGGCGCGCAUCGAGUCUUCAACGCGGGCGCUGCGCUCGCAACCUCCGCCGCCUCCGUUUUCGCUCGACUCAGCACGAGACGAGCGCGCGCGCCACGCCCGCGCCCUUCUGAAACACACCCGCAUCCUCGACAUCGACAUAACGCCCGCGCACCUGCUGCUGCGAGACGCAUGUCCAAACCUGCAGUGUCUGCGGCUGGCCUGCGCGCACGGCUGCGCGCCCUGCGUGACAGGCCAAAAGUUGCCGCCCACCGUAUGCUUCCGGCGCCUCGCGGCACCGCUAGAGCGCGAGGGGCAGCACUUCCGCAGCAUGCUGGUCGAGACGUCGCGCUUGACAUGGUCCGUGUCGUUCCACGCGACAGACAUGGCGCAGCUGCACGCGCGCGGCGGCGCGGCGUGGGCGCCCUCCCCCUUCUUCUCGGACAUGACGGCCGAGUUCAUCUUCCUCUUCGUGCCGGCGCCGACGCGCUCUCUGCGCCCGCGCGUGCGCGGCGCCAUCGCGCGCCCUAGGACGGCGCGGUACGAGUGGCGCGACUACCGCGAGCCUAGCGGCGCGCUCGGCGUCCUCGAGGAUAUCGUGUACCACAUGGCGCCGGCGCUCGAGCGCACGCACGUCUUCGUCGGCCUCGAAGCCAUGCCGCCCGCCGCGCUCGGUCUCGCCGACGGCCUCGCGCCUGACGCCGUGUUCGACGCCGUGCGCAAGGGUAUCGAAGCGGCGUUUCGCGCACGCAGGCGCAACCCCCGCGACCGCCUGGUGCGGGACGACUUGUGGCCGGACCCACUCGUCGACGAGUGCGUGCAGCGCGUGCGCAUACUUACGCUCGACGCGUACCGCGCCGAAGUGGGCGAGGAGCGGUAUGCAUGGGAGACGACGGUGCGUGUGUAGUAGCAGUAUGCAUGGCGGCAUGAGCACG